UUCAUCUUUUUUUCCAAAUAGAAUUACUUCUGUUUUAUCUGUGUUCAGCUGAAGAAAAUUUUGUGACAUCCAGCUAUUGAUUUGAUCGAUACACUGGUAGAGACAUUCAAGGGGGGCAUAAUCAUUAGGUGAUAGAGCAAAAUAAAUUUGGGUAUCAUCUGCAUAGCAGUGAUACAAAAUAGAAUUUUUAUUGAUAAUUUGCCCAAGUGGGAGCAUAUAAAGGUUGAAAAGUAAUGGUCCAAGAAUCGACCCCUGGGGGACACCACAGGUCAAGGACAUUGACGUUGAGGAACAAUUUCCCAGGGUGACAAAGAAGCUUCUAUCUUUUAACUAUGAUUUUAACCAAUUGAUAACUUUACCAGUCAAUCCAACCCAGUGUUCAAGUCGAUAUAGCAGUAUGUUGUGAUCAACAGUAUCAAAAGCUGCACUGAGGUCCAGUAAUACCAGGACCGAUGUUUUGCCUGCAUCAGUAUUAAGACGUAUGUCAUUUAUAACUUUAAUCAGCGCUGUUUCAGUGCUAUGAUUGGCACGAAAUCCUGACUGAAAAUGAUCAAAAUGGCUGUUUGAUAUCAAGAAGGCAGUUAAUUGAUUGAAGACAAUUUUUCCAGGAUUUUCCUGAUGAAUGGUAGAUUUGAUAUUGGCCUGUAGUUAUUUAACACUGAAGGAUCCAGAUUAUUUUUUUUAAGAAGGGGCUUUACAACAGCUUUUUUUAGGGACACAGGAACAACGCCAGUCUCCAAGGAUGUAUUUAUAAUUUGAAGCACAUUUGUAAUUAUAAGAUGAAGAACAGACUUAAAAAAGUUGGUGGGCAGAAUGUCCAAUUCAGAUGUUGAGGAACUGAGAUUUUGUACAGAUUUUUCAAGAGUCUCAUAAUCAAUUAAACAAAAUUCUGACAUUGUGUUAAAGUUAUCUAUCUGUGUCACUAGUGAUUGCAGUUUUUCAAUUUUUUGCAACUGAGAUAUAUUAUGAGAAAUAUUCUGUCGUAUUUUAUCAAUUUUACCUUUGAAGAAGGAUGCAAACUCAUUGCAUUUAUUAACUGAGAGAAGUUCAGGUGCUAAUUGUGGUGGGGCAUUAGUUAGCUUCUCUACUGUUGAAAAUAGCACACGGGCAUUGUUCAUAUUCCUGCUGAUGAUGUUGGAGAAGAAAGACUGUCUUGCUUUACGAAUUUCAUAAUUGUAAUUACAAAGCAUCUCUUUAUGGAUUUGAUAAUGGAUGUGAAGUUUAGAUUUGCGCCAUUUUCUUUCAGUCUUUCUACAUUCUCUCUUUAGCAGUUUAACAGCCGGGUACUGCUUCCAUGGUGCUUUCUGCUUAUCAUUGACUCUUUUUAUUUUGAAUGGAGCAAUAUCAUCCAUAAUUUGGGUCAUAUUUAAAUUAAAAAAUUCCAGUAAAUCAUCUACAGAGUCUGACAUUUUGGUUGAGUUCUGAGAGAGAGCUUGCUCAAAAAGAGCACGUGUUGUCUUUUAUGACUCUCCUACCUAUAGUCGUUGAGCUAUUCUGAAUGUGAGGAGACAUAGAAACUUCAAAGAAAACACAGAAAUGAUCAGAUAAGGCCAGGUCAACAACAGUAUUAGAAACAGUAAGACCCUUUGUGAUGACGAGGUCAAGAGUAUGACCACGAGAGUGGGUCGGCCCCUGUACAUGUUGUACUAGGUUAAAGUUAUCAAUAAUUGCAAGUAGUUCUUUGGCAUAAAUGUUAUCAGUAUUAUCUACAUGCAAGUUAAAAUCCCCAGAUAUAAUAAGACAAUCAAACUCUAAGCAAAUGACUGAUAACAGUUCACCAAACUCUUCAAGAAAGACUUUGGCUGAAUGUCUCGGAGGCCUAUAAAUAGUUAAUAAUAAUAUGUUAGGAGAGCAUGUAACAAGUGCACACAAGUGUUCAAAGGGCAUAAAAUCACCAAGUGAGGAUUGUUUACAUUGAAAAGAGACUUUGAAUAUAUUUGCGAUCCCUCCACCUUUCCCUUGUUGGGUAACAUUCAAAAAAUUAAAAUUUGGGGGAGCUGCUUCAAUAAGGGUGGUAGCACUCUUUGCUUGAUCCAGCCAGGUUUCAGUUAGAAGCAAAAAAUCAAGAUUGUGUUUGCAAAUAAGAUCAUUAAUUAAAAAUGACUUGUUUAAAAGUGAUCUAAUGUUCAGAAGAGCUAGUUUUACAGAAAUUCUAGAAGUAAUAUCUGGUUGUGCACUCUGAUGCUGUUUUAAAACAGGAAGGAGAUUAGAUUGGUUCACCCCCAGGGUUAAAUGUGCUCUAUGUUUUCUGUUUCUUAUCAACACAGGAACAGUGUCAACAUUGGGUCCCAGCUUUUUUUCAACACUACACCCAUUUGCAGGGACCCAGAGUACAUCAAACAAGACUUUCUAAAUGUUCCAUUUGGUUUGAGGGUGAAAGGAUUGGAGAUGACAUGUAUCUUUUGGAUGGUGAAAAAGAUUUGUAGCCAGCUGAAAGUCCUGGACGAACACAAUUUUGAUGAACUGGGUACACUGCUUGUCGCGACAGAUUUGGGCUGGAAAAAGAGAGUGUAGCCACUGGAAGCAAUUUUUUCAUGCUAUUUGGGAAAUCCAUCCGAGGAGAAGUGGAGUCGUCUGUCCUUGAAUGUUGGGAGGCCUGCAAGACAGAUGUUUGUGUCCUUGAUGACGACUUGCAAAGAUGAUUGUUUAGGCUUUGUAACUAUGUCAGUCUGUGACAUCUUAUCAACUGUUUUCCUCGGUGCUGGCUGAGAAAAGAUUGCAAGUUUGUAGUGGUCUGCUAAGACUUUGGCUCCAAUCCAGCUGAGUUCAGUGCUAUUUGGCUUGUAAAAUUCUCUGCGAUUCCAAAAAAGGUUAAAAUUGUCUAUGAAGUUCAUACCAAAUGAAGAACAAGUUUUUCCAAGCCAGGUGUUAAGACUGAAGAGUCGAGAAAAAGCAAAACUUCCUCUCGCUGGGAGUGGGCCACUGAUAAAAGAUUGAAUUCCAGUCUUAUAGAGCUCAGAAAAAAGUUUUCUGAAAUCAUCUUGGACAAACAGCUGUUCUCUAAAAACAUCAUUUGCUCCCACAUGCACAACAAUACGUUUAAUAGUUUUAUGCUCGGACAUGAGUUUCAAAAUGCUGUCUUUGGUGUCAGAGAUGGAUGCAUUUGGAAGACAACAAAUAAUCAUCUCAUAACCUUUUAAUUGUCUUACAGUGGAAUCACCAAGAACAAGGGUUGUGGGAUCAGGUGGUGUUACGAGCUGCUUUUUGCCUCUUCCCACAGCUCUUUGAUCUUGGUGUGAUCUCUUUUUACUAUGUGUUUGUCCGCUUGACAAAUCCUCUUCCACAUCCCUGAGGCAUUCAAAUUUGUUCUGAAGCCUUAUGGGCUGUGGAUUUUCCAUAGGAUUGUAGAUCCUAUUGUAAUUUGUAGAACGAGCUGGUGUUGAAGUAAUUACUCUUCUGUUUUUGUUUUUGGGCUUAGCACCCAUCAUUUGCCAGUUUUCAGUACUCACAUUUUGCACAGCUUGAGUUAUGAAUUCUUCCACUUGAUCUGCAAUGUCCUCAGUCUGUCGGAGUGCAAUCUCUGCAUUCUCAGCCACUGUUUCUGUACUCCUUUCCUUAGAUAUCGCUUUUAAUUCGUCCGUCUUUGGCAGAGCAUUAAUCUUUGAUUCCAGAAUAGAAAUCCUCUGUUCUAAUUCCAUGCAUUUUUUGCAGGAUUUUUUGCUUCCUGGCAUUUAAAAAAAAAAAGUGGAAAUUAAAUUAAAAUUAAAUUAAAAGCUUAUAAAGAUGAAAAAUAAAAUGAGAAAAAAAAUAGUGGAAAUUCAAUGAGAAAGUAAAGUAUAGAAAUAAAGAUUAAGAAAGCAGGAGCAAAGCAAAGAAGCGUCCUACUCGCUUGAGUAGGAGGAGCAGCUUGAUUGAGUGGAUUGAGUGGAAUGAGUGGCUAGGGAAACGCCAUCGUAAUGGACCUCUAGGCCGCAUCAUACACGACAUAGCGAAAAUGUAUAAAGUUUAGUUGUAGUUUAAUGCUUCUAUGGCAGUGAUUUUCAACCUGUGGGCCGCGGCCCUCUGGUGGGCCGCGGAGGCAUUGCAAGGGGGCCGUCAAAUCAUUUUCUAAAAAUCUUAAUAUAUUUGUGUGUGCCUGAGUGUCCAAAAAUAAUAAUAAAAAAAAUGCUACCAUCUCCUGAAUUAUAUUUGUGGUUUUCAAAGUAAAAGGAUGAACGUUGCAACCCCUUAUUGGCUGUUGACUCGUUACAAUCCGCGGCAAAGUCAGUGUAAAAGUGGUAGUUGUCAUGGUGAGGAUACAAAGUUAAGCUAGUUUAGGCGCCAAAAAGGUGCAUCAAAAUGGAUAGGUGGUUAGCAACAGCGAGAACUAAAAGAAAAGAGAUUCCAGAGGCUGAGGGCGAGUCUACAAGUGAUCAUCACCCUGCCAAACAGAAAAGAAAAUGCCUAAGAAAAUACAGUGAUGAGUACCUGGGUCUUGGAUUUUAUUGGACUGGCUCAGAGGCUGAACAACUCCCACUGUGUCUGGUAUGCUCCGAAACACUUUCGAAUGAAGCCUUGAAGCCCUGUAAACUGCGCCGUCACCUCCAGACAAAGCAUGGGGAGUAUGCGAACAAGCCACUACAAUUCUUUAAGAACAAGCUCAAAGAAUACCAGAGCAAGAGAAAAAUAAUGGAAGGUACUGCCAGGGGCAGUGACAAUGCAAAGGCUGUGGAAGCGUCAUAUCUGGUCUCCAAGCUCAUCGCUAAGACGGGAAAACCACACACUGAUGGAGAGAACUUGAUUCUUCCAGCUACUAAAAAGAUAGUUGAGGUGAUGUUGGGAGAGAAAGCAGUGCAGCCGAUCAAACUCCUUUCACUGUCGGAUAACACUGUCAAGCGCAGAAUUGAUGACAUGGCAGACAAUGUGCUACAUCAGCUGAUAGAGAACAUAAAAGGGAGCCGUUUUUAUGCCAUCCAACUGGACGAAUCAACUGACAUUGCCAACGUAUCAAAUCUGCUUGCCUACAUUCGAUACGAAAAGAAUGGCAAAAUAAAAGAAGACCUUUUGUUUUGUAGACCCCUGCCAACCCGUUCAACUGCUGAGGCAAUUUUUGACAUUUUGAAUUCUUUUGUAGUUUCCAAUGGUAUUGAAUGGUUGUCAGGGUUCACCCAGUCGGAAACAGUCAACUUACUUCUCGGGACCCCCGCCCUCGUACCACCUGCAGAAUUCUGGGACGGAACACCGCAAAAAAACAGAGAACCAGAGAUCAGUUUCACUGCUGUUUAUUCACAGUAUUCUCACCAAAGAUGAAAGAUUACAAACACCUUUUAUAACAAAUUAUAAUCUCUCUAAACGGCUAUUGUGUCUGUCGAAUGUGUGUGUGUGUUUGUAUGUGACCUCAGAGAGGGGUGUGUGUGUGUGUGUGUAUGUGUGUCUAUGGGAGGGUGUGAAUAAGUGACAUCAUUUUGAUAUCUGUGUCUGUGUGUGUGUGUGUGUGUGUGUGUGUGUCACAUCUUAAUUACAUCACUGUUCUAAUGGAAUGUUCAGAUGUAUGCAUGUGUGUAAAUCAUAACAUAAUGACAUAUUUCUGAUCAUAUGACAUGAUAGCAAGGUACAGACAGAUUUUAAAGGUCAUUGCUUACGCAAAUACGGAAUUUUUCAACAAAGAUAUGUUAUAAGAAAGUAAACAAAAAAUAAGAACCAACCUAAACAAAGACAAGCAAAUCUCAUAUCAAAACAAGCAAAAUGUUCCCAAACAAUGUCCAGCCGAGAGAGAAGGUCAUUUUAACUGAACAGAAAUUAAUCCUUAAUUUUGUCACCAUUUUAAUAAAUUACUGCCUUCUUGGUCAAGAAUAAUACUUAUAUAAACCUAACAAUCCCCCCCUUUGAUAAUAGUAUCACUAUUAUCAAAUCCUAGGAUCAUAUUUGAUCAUUAUCACCUCGUGAUUACAUCGAGAAUUAAUCUUGAGUUAAUCUUUGCCCUUCUUGACGUAUAUUGGUGCUCAGAGGGCGGGCAUGCCCGAUCAGCCCUCGUCCCACCUCACCGGAGCUUAGAGAAACUCAAAACCUCUUAAUUCGUCCCAAAUACACGCUACUUCCUUCAGAGUAAUUUGUUCUAAAACAGUGAGGGAAAAUGAAAUUAGAAGGCAUAUCGACCUAUAGUGAGAACAGAGUCCUGUAAGAAUACAGAGUUUCAGAGCAUAGAGAUGUGUAAUAAUAGUAGAAGACGGCAUCAGAUGAAAGACAUAACACAUUCGUGUGGUGUGCGCUUGUGCAGUCCAGUUAGCGAAGUUAGUCCAGAAGAUGUUGUCUCGAAGUCCAGCUCGAGCGGGUAACCCUGCUCCGACCAAUGAAGUGGUCCAGAAGGCUCGGGCGGGUAACCCUGCCCCGAGCAAAGAUGAAGCAGUCACGAAGGCUCGGGCGGGUAGCCCUGCCCCGAACAACAAUGAAGUCACGAAACCCGUGAUGAGGACUGUCAUGGUUGUAGUGGGGAUGAUUGGUUCCAAACGGGGCGCGAGAUCUCUUCCCCUCUUUGUUCACAACGUCUUGAGGAUUCUCAGUCGAAUCUGUGUAGAGCUCAGAAAUAGAGAGACAGAGAGAGAGAAAACUGGCCAGAGGGAGACUAGAUAGGGACACAAAAAAGCGUUAAUAGCAGCAAACUUGUCAUUGUAACACAACUUUGUUAUGGAGCCUUCUUCAAUCACGUGGCAUGGAUCCACUGUGGAAAAAGAUCAGUUAAAACAGCAGUAAAAGUAAUGGCAACUAUGUCUGCAGGCCCACUAUAUCUAGGUUUUCCCAAUUGUCCAAAUCGUUCAAAAAGUCACACCAGCACUUGUCUCCCAUGUGAAAGGGAUGUGUGGUGGAGAUAAUAUUGUAUUAUUGACCUUGGUACAAAUUUUAUGCAACUUAUCUAUAAGGGCUGCAGAAUACUCAUCCAUAUGCAUUUUCAAAUCAGAGGUACCCGGAGCCGGAGUUCCCUUCUUCCAGGGGAGAAUUUCUUGGUGUCACACGAAUUUCAGCCAGAAUGAAUUAUGGAUUACAGAACCAAACCUGUGUCCUGCAUGGCCUUAAUUAAUUUUUCUUUCAGUGUUCGAUUAGUACGUUCUACAAUACCAGAGGAUUGAGGAAUGUGAAAACACCAGUUUAGUUUAGAGAUACUUACAAAGGUUUUGUGUGACUUUUGAGGUGAAAGGGGUACCUUUGUCUGAGUCUAUGGCAUUUGAAACCCCAUAACUAUAACAAUAAUUAUUAUUGAUUUCUUAUUAUUUCAUUGUUAUUAUUUUAUUGUUCUGCUUUUAUUGUUUGUUUUCUUUUUUACUGUCCAGUGUUCUUAGGUACCUUGAAAGGCACUUAUAAAUAAAAUGUAUCAUUAUUAUUAUAA